AGUAAGGCUACAGUCCAGGAGUGGUUCGAUGUUUGCUCAUAGAGAAGUUGCUGAAAUGACAGCGUUACUGCACCCUUGCAACAAAUUCUCUGGGUUUCUACAUGCAUUUCUCGGAGGGAAUACAAGAGGGUAACCAUGCCUUUCAGCAGGAGUGAGGUCAAUCGCAUCUCUGCAAGAUGUCCGGCAGCGGCUGUACUGUUCUCGGCACGAUGCCUCUGCUGCCUCUCCUCCUGAACGCUGUGCUGGGCUUCAAGCUGUGUCCCAGCCCCUGCCUGUGCUAUGAAUCUUCAGACUUGGUGGACUGCAGGUCCCGUGGGCUGACCCGGGUCCCGUCCAGCAUCUCCCACGGCACCUGGCUGCUGGACCUAAGUGGGAACAAAGUGACAGAGGUGCACGCCAGGUCGUUCAUAGGACUGUGGUCACUCAAGGUCCUCCUCCUGUCCAACAACAGCAUCCAUAUUCUGCACCCACAGUCUCUGUCAUCACUGCAGUUUUUGGAGAGGUUGGACUUGAGUUUUAACCGGCUGCGCUGGCUCCCUCGGGACUUCUCUCAGGGUCUGUACUCCCUCCAGGAGCUCCGGUUGAGCCACAACCUGCUGCAGCACUUAGACUCCACAUCACUGGAAGACUGUGACAACUUGAAGAAACUGGACCUCAGUUACAACCACAUCCGAGGGCUGGAUAUCAGGGCUCUGAACAGCCUGUCUCGACUGAGCCUCCUCAACCUGGACGGAAACAGGUUGAAUGUGCUUAAAGAUGGCCAGCUGAACAGGCAGCAAGCCCUGGAGGUGCUGCUGCUCAACUACAACAACAUCUCAAAGAUUGAGCCUGAAGCUCUGGCUCCCUUGCGAAGGCUGACUCUGCUGGGUGUCAAGGGAAACCAGCUAGAGCACAUCAGGUUCAAGACCUUCCUGAAACUCCAGACAACCAGCACUUACCUUCAGAUGUCCCUCAACCCCUGGAUCUGUGACUGUGAACUGCAGCGCAUCUUCGGCAAGAUCAACCAUGUGCGGCAUCUGCACGUGGAGGACUACAAGGACAUCAUCUGUCACGCUCCCCCUCAGCUGGCCGGAAGCCUCCUGGCUUCAAUGGACAGCAAACUGUGCAUAGCUGAGACCGCCUCGGUGCUGGUCAUCACCAUCACUGUGAUGCUCGCUGUCAUCGGUGCGCUGGUGAAAGCGGAGCGCAACCGUAAGAACAAGCAAGCCUCAAAUGAAGCAGAAGCUCAGGGACAAGAAAAGUGAUGCAUCCUUUUCAUUCGCAGGCGUUCUGGGGCUGAUGUGUGGCCUGGAUCUGGAAGCUGAUGCAGCCUUUAGACAAGUGCAAAAUAUAAUUUUCUAAUCUGUUUUCAAUGCCCUUUAAAGCUUUUUUAUACUCGCAAAGAAGGCGCUGUAGGAAAGGGGAGAGAUAUCAAAGAAGUGUACCCAUAUGUUCUGCGUAACAGAUUUAUGCUUAUCAUCUUGAAUACUUCCUAAACUACACCUACAUGUGAAAGAAGAGGAAGCUGACUUUAUCUACAAAUUACAGCAAACCAGAGAGCGCAGCAGGGCAGUUUAACACAGAAGAGACUGAUCACUGUAAUGUGGGUGUAGGGCUCCUUCAGCAUCAGGCCCAACACUGCUCUGAUGACGACAUCCACAUCUCAACCCUGAGGCAUUUGGAGAACUGGUCGGUCUCCGGUACCGGAUCUUUCCUAUAGUUGCUGACCUUCUUAAAGUGAGAGAAUAAGCUAAACCUGUAGUAUGUUCCAUAUGGGCUGUGACACUACGGUCACACCAUACUGGCUGUCUUGUUGCUGGGUUUUUCAUGUAAAUACCAUCAGCAGCACCUGCAGAAACGUCACUACAGCAACAGUGGCCAAAACUAUUGCAAAGGUUCACAUCACACAGAAAC